UUUACGAUACGUUUUCAUCCGUUUUGGAUGAAAAAUUUUCGUUUCGUUUCACAACAACAUCAUCGACAAUCAUCUCAACCGAAAACAAAUGAUAAUGUAUCCAUAUGUGUUGUUGGUAAUGGUUCGGAUGGAAAUCCACGUUCAAUUUUUCUUGAUUAUAAUGAUCGAAUAUUUAUGUUCAAUUGUGGUGAAGGUGUUCAACGUUUGAUCAGUGAUCUAGGUUUUAAACCAUCAAAAAUUGAUACAUUUUUUGCUACAUCAAAUCGUUGGCAUAAUUUUACUGGUUUAGCUGCUUUAUUACUUGCACGUUAUGAUUCGGGUUCUCGUCAUUUUAAUAUUAAUAAUAAUAAUGAUUUCAGUCAAAAAUUGUUUGAAAAUUGUACAGCUUUUGAUAUGAAAUUAAAACGAUUGAAAUAUAAUUAUUUUGAUACGAAUCAUUUUAUUCAUGAAAAUCUUUCCAUUCAAAUUGUUUCAAUCAAUUUUGGUGAUCAAAAAUCGGCUGUUUAUUUGGGUAAUUUAAACGCACAAAAAGGUGGAAUUAAUUUGGAAAAAUGUUUUCAACAAAAAGUUCCACGAAAUCUAGUAACGGAAUUGGAACAAAAUCGUUGCAUUCAAAAUCAAGAUGGCCGAAUAAUUCAACCAUCCGAUGUUUGUGAUCCAGAUAGACCGGAACAAAAUUUUUUAAUUUUCGAAUGUAUCGAUCAAAAUUUCAUCGAACAUCUUUUCCUGAAUGAAGUUAUCGCGGAAUUUAUUCCAAAAUGUGAAAUUAUUGUUCAUUUUACCAAAGAUGAUUAUUUACAAACAAAAUCAUAUCGUAAAUUUUUUCAAAAAUAUUCAUCUAAUAAUCAUUUUUUAAUUACCGAAAAUAAUCCAUCAUUUAGUUUACGUUCAAAUUAUCGAUUUCAAUUACAAUUAAAUCAAUUGGAUUCGAAUCUAUUUCCAUGUCUUCGAACAAAUGUAAAAUCAACUAACAAUAGUAGUAGCCUACCGAAUAAUCAAAACAUAAUUUAUUCACCAACCGGUAUCCGUUAUAUAUUUCGAUCAUCAACAUCAGAUUUAUCGGUAAUCAAUAUGGAAAAUGUUCCACAAUUUCCAACCAUAACCGAUGCACUUCAACAUAAAGAUGGAUCAGAACGUGAUGGUAUUGAAGAAUCGAUUCGAAAACUCCGUGAAAAGCAAUCGACCACCAUACCAGAGCAACAAUCUUCUGGUACGAAUUUUCCAGAAUUUUUAUUCUUAGGCACUGCUUCAUCACAUCCAUUACCAAUUCGUAAUGUUUCCGGAAUUUUAGUAAAUAUUGAUCCGAAAAAUUCCAUUCUUUUAGAUUGUGGUGAAAAUACUUAUGGACAAUUAUUAAAUUUUUAUGGCCAAGAAAAUAUUGGGAAAAUUUUAGCCAAAAUUAAAUUGAUUUUUAUUUCACAUCAUCAUUCUGAUCAUCAUUUAGGUUUAAUUAAUCUGCUUAAAAAACGUAAACAACAAUCAUUAUCAUUAGGUAAUAAUAAAUUAUGGAUUUUAUUACCACCAAUGGUACAUAAAUUUUUACAAAAUUCACAAAUAAUUAAUUUAAAUCAUUAUACCGUUGUUCGGAAUCAAUUUUUUCAACAAUUUCGUUCGAGCAUUAUGAAAACAUUAUCGAUUAAAGAAAUUAAUCUAAUACCAGUUGAUCAUUGUGCUUAUGCAUUUGGUAUCGGUAUAACGGAUAAAAAUGGAUUUAAAUUCGUUUAUUCUGGUGAUACACAACCAUGUGAUCGUUUGAUUCAAUCGGGUCGGGAUUGUAAUCUAUUGAUUCAUGAAGCAACUGUUGAAGAUAGCUUGAAAAAAUUUGCACGAACAAAUUUUCAUUCAACAAUAUCCGAAGCAAUUAAUGUUGGCCGUAUGAUGCAGGCAAAAUUUAUAAUAUUAACACAUUUUAGUCAACGAUAUGGUAAAUUACCAUUAUUACCUGAAGAAAACGCUGAUAAUAAUAUUGGCUUGGCAUUUGAUAAUAUGAUUGUAAACGGUAAUCAAUUACAUAGGAUUCCAUUAUUAUAUGAUACAUUAAAAUGUAUGUAUGCUAAACAUAUGGAUCGUAUACGUUAUCGUUCGGAUCUUUAUGAAAGAAAAUUCAAUGGGUCAUGAUAAUCAACGGUAAUAAAGUGAGAAAAAAUCAAACAAACGCAACUUUUUCA